CACCCUGCGAUUUCCGUCCAACCAAACGGGGGUCUUGUCAUGGUCAUAUUCGAUUAGCCCCGAGAUCGACGACCAAACUUCAAAGAGCAUCAGGGACCACUCUAAAUCCACUUAAUCCUCAACAUGCAAGCGCCUUCUCCUCCUCCCGGCACCGCGGACCCUUCCCGGCGUUUGGUCCACCGACUAGUAAUCCGUAGCGGGAACCAACGAGCUGCAAGUGGGCUCGCGAGGCUGCAUCUGGACAAGAGGUCAAAACGGAGACCCGCUAAACCGCCCUGCCGCUCGCCUCGACUUGCUUCCAAGCUUCCAAUGCCCAUCCCAAUGCCGCCUCAAUCGAGCCUCUGUGGUUUGACCAGCACCUAAGCCGUAACUGCUUUUGCAAUAGUAAACCAGGGC